AAAAGCGUGUCACGGAUUUGGAUAAUACAUGGCGAGAUUGUUCAUUAUCAAUUCGCAAUAUUCUUCCUGGUCAUUAUCUCGACUAUAUACAUUUUCAACCAACCAGGAAACAGAAAUACUGAUUAUAUAUUAGACAAGAGACUCUGACUGUUUCAUAUUACCUGCUACAUGACAAUGCGGCUGUAAAUUAUGCAUGGCACAUGAUUACAGCAGACGUGCAAAUGGAGUUAUAUAAAUAUGGCAAAAAGGCUACGCGCAGUUCAGUGUAUUACAUUGACAGCUCAAAUAGCGUGUUUACACUCUUCGCCUGUCGACGGAUUUUCUGUCAAAUGUGAAUAAUCUUACUUAUCAAGUGGAUCCCAUCCUCUUCACUUUUAAAUCUCUACAUUACACUUUCUAUUGAAGAAACAUUCACAACCCUACGAAGGUUAACUACAAGAUUUUUUCCUAGCGGAAAUUGUUUACCAUCGACGAGUGGAAUCUGAAGUUAUAUCGAAGAUCCACAUUGUUAUUUUAACCGUGAGGAUGGACGUACCGACGUGGCUGAACUCGUCUUACGUGCAAGCGGUCCUACGAAAGGCUGAGAAAGAUGAUUCCGUCGAGGUGACCAGCAUGACCGUGAAGCCAGCCACGGCCAAGGGUGACAAUUAUACGAGCGACAUGCAUCGUAUCACCCUGGUGCUUUCACGGAUAUCGGAAGGCCGCGAACUUACGGAGACGAGGUCUCUAAUUGCGAAACUAGCACCUCAGGGCGGUACUCGGGAGGAAAUGAUAUCGGAGGCUGGAUUUUUCGCGGUGGAAAUGUCAAUGAUGUCAGAAACCCUGCCAAUCAUGCAGCGGAUUCUUACCAAGGCGGGCAAGACUGCGACAUUAGCGGCACGGUGUCUGCACGUCGAGUAUGAAAAACCCGUGCAUCUGAUAGUCGAAGACCUUGCACCCGCCGGAUUCAGAAUGGCGGAUCGUCAGGCAGGUCUUGAUCUGGACCACUGUUUACUCGCGAUUCGGAAUUUAGCCAUUUUUCACGCGAGUUCGGUAGCUCUCGUGGAAAAGGAUCUCAAGAUUGUAUCAAAAUACACCAGGGGAUUGUUUCACAAAGAUCACUCAUCGACGAUGGUUGAAUUUUUCAAAGCGAGCACGAAAUCCCUAGCAGAAGAGGUUGCCAACUGGAUUGAACUCAGUCCAAGGAUUUCUGAAAAAAUUUCCAAGUUAUCUGAAGUUGUCUAUGAAAAAGCAUGCGAAGUUACGCAUCUUCGAAAAGAUGAUUUCAACGUCAUCAACCACGGAGAUUUCUGGGUGAACAAUAUGCUGUUUCGCUACGACGAAAGGCAGAAGGUGGUUGAUCAGAUAUUCGUGGACUUUCAAAUUUGCCACUACGGUUCUCCGGCAACGGACAUCCUGUACUUUUUUGGUACCAGCCCAUCCGACGAAGUUCGAAUCCAUCAUCGCGAAUCGAUUUUGCGCGAAUACCACCAUACGCUAACCGAUACCAUGACUCAACUGAAGUGCACCACGGAGCCACCGAGCUUUAACGACCUGCAGGAUGUGUUGAGGAAGCGAGCUUUCUGCGAGGCCAUUGCAACGUUCACCAUAUUGCCGCUUGUUUUGGUCGACAAAAGCAAUGUCAAAAGUUUAGAGGAAAUGAUAUCGUUGAAUGGAAAAUAUGAGAAUCCGGCCUGUAAGGGGAAAUCGUAUCGUAAGGUGAUGACUAGACUCCUACCAUUGUUCGACAGCAUGGGAUUGCUGGACUUAAUAUGAAACAGCCCAUUAUAGAACAGAUUUCGACACAGCAUUCAUGGCUACAUUAAAUGACUUAAGUUUUGCAUAAAUAAUUUCAGGAUAUCCCAACAUUUCAGAUUUACAAUUCCACGAAUUCAAAAUGUUCACAAAUAUUGUGCUUGUGAUGUACAAAUAUUAAUAUGUUGUAGGUACUAUUUCGAACCUCGCGUAAGACUGUAGAUACGAUUGGAAGCAGUAGAAUACUGAAUCUGCAGAUUUCAAUGUGAUCAGUCAUUUUCAGUUUUAGACAAUACACGAUCUUGCUUCCGAUCAUGAGAUCCAAACCGACGUUACAUUUUUUGUAAAACGUGACUUGACUUUGAUAUUGUUUGAAAAAUAUGAAGACUGUAACACGAUACAAUUUCGAUCAAUCUCGAACACUUGAUCCAAAACUUUAAAAAAACGUGAUUUUAAAGAGAAAAAUAAGUACAGCAGAUUUCUAAAAGCA